AAUGACGUUUAUCUUCGUGCCCCUAUUUCAAAAUGGCCACCAGUGUUGAAAAAAAUUGAUGGCGUCUAUGUUGGCGAGUCCGCUCUGAGUGAAAUUGUUACCAUGAUUGAACGUGAAAAUACCUUUUAAAAUAUUGCAUAAAGCCGUAAUUCUUUCGGUUUCCGUCGAUGCGCAUACCAAAAUCGCAACAAAAAAAAAACCGGUGCAUAGCGGUAUGACUGACAGUAGUAGUGCGUAUGAGAUCUUCAAAGUGUUAAACUAAAUUUUUGUUUGACAAUAGUGUGAAAGCUAAAGACUUACAACAGUAGCAAAAAACAAAACAAAGUGAAAUAAAAUAGUGUGUUGUGUAAAGAUAACUUAUGCGAAGCAUAUAACGAAGAUCGAUGCAACAUACGGAUACUAAGCCAACAAUACUGUGCUAGCCGUGUGCAUGUGUGCUAGCGUCAACAAUUACGUUUGGUUGUGUUGUGUUGUAACAGUACGGGACAGGCUGGCGUACCGUGGUCGGUGCUGGUGCACACUCCUAGGAACUGACAUUCUUCCUCAGUAGUUCCGAUUUUAGAAUAUGAUAGGUUUAAGCCGCCGUGGAGUUAAUGCAGGACCGUCAUUGAGUUUACCGUCUACACUGGAGGAUUCUACUAAUAACUGGAAAGGAACGCCUUCGGGUCCAUCUGAUCCCUCACAGCAAGGUGCUGGCCCAGGAGGAGCCGGAGGUCCGGGUGGUCCUGGAAUUGCUGGUAAUGGUGGUCCCGGAGGUCCCGGAGGGCCUGUGGGCCAGGGACCUGGUGUAAACAAUUUUGGCGGUCCUGGUGGAGGCAAUUUCGGAGGUCCAGUGUUUCCGGCCGCAGGUCAAGGUUCUCCAGCUGGAGGAUCUGCCUCGAAUAGCUAUCAGAACCUACCACCCGGAACUGGUUCGAACACACCACAAUAUACGGCAUCACCUGCACCGUCGGGAUCCUCUACCCCCGGACCUGGUCCACCACAGAAUGUUGGAACUGGCUUUCCUCCUCCAAAUGCGGGUGGUCCAACAGGACCGGGUGGUCCAUACAAUGGUCCCGUAGGCGGUGGUCCAGUAGCAGUAGGUCCUUUUAGUUCUCCCUCUGCAAAUGGUCCUCAAUUCGGACGGCCAGGUAGCUCCGGAUCUGCUUUCGGAAGCGGGCCUCAUUUUACAUCACCGAGUGGGCCAGGUAACUUUGGUGGCCCUCAGUUCGGCAUACCACCAGGUUCACCUUUUGGCCAUGGGCCAAAUGGAGCGAAUAUGGGCGGUCCGAUGGGACAAGGACAUCUAAUGGGAGGCCCACAACCUGUGGACCGUAUGGAUCAAAGUCAAUUGAACGUUCCCAGAAGGCAUGCAUAUUUCGGUCAACCGGACUAUAGAAUCUAUGAACUUAACAAGCGGUUACAGCAGAGAACUGAAGAAAGUGAUAACUGUUGGUGGGACUCGUUCGCAAAUGAGUUUUUCGAAGAUGACGCUACAUUAACUUUAACCUUUUGUUUGGAGGAUGGACCAAAAAGAUAUACUAUAGGACGCACAUUAAUCCCACGAUAUUUUCGGAGUAUUUUCGAAGGCGGCGUGACAGAGUUGUACUUUAAUUUACGACAUUCGAAGGAAUCGUUUCACAACACAUCAAUUACACUCGAUUGUGAUCAAUGCACUAUGGAAACGAUCCACGGGAAACCGAUGUACACCAAGGUACUCACUGAAGGAAGGCUUAUACUGGAAUUCACGUUUGAUGAUCUAAUGCGGAUAAAAUCUUGGCACAUGGCAGUUAGAACCCAUCGAGAACUGAUACCACGAUCAGUCAUAGCACUGCAUAGUCCUCAACCAGAUCCUGCAAUGCUUGAACAAUUGUCAAAGAACAUCACUAGACAAGGAAUUACCAAUUCAACAUUAAAUUAUCUGCGCUUGUGUGUGAUACUGGAACCGAUGCAGGAGCUGAUGUCCAGACAUAAAGCAUACGCGCUUAGCCCACGGGAUUGCUUGAAAACGACAUUGUUCCAAAAGUGGCAACGGAUGGUCGCACCGCCGGGUAAGAAAGGAGAUGCACAACGUCCAGCAAAUAAAAGGCGGAAACGUAAGGGUUCCAGUUCCGGCGCAGGAGCAGGUAACGCAGGUCCACAAGUUCCCAGCAAAAAACGUUCACCUGGUCCAAAUUUCUCGCUGGCGUCUCAGGUAGAUGUCAUGGUGGUUGGAGAACCAUCUCUGAUGGGCGGUGAGUUUGGUGAUGAAGACGAGCGAUUGAUCACCAGGCUUGAAAAUACGCAAUACGACGCUGCCAACAAUCUUGAGCACGAUGGUCACAAUGCAUUUGGUGGAGGUGGCGGCGGUGGGGGCCACAACGAUGGUGGUCCUAUGAGUGGUGGUCCAACUUCGUGGCAGGUCGACCGGGGAGGUGGCGGUGGCGCUGUAAACAAUUCCGGUGCUGGUGGCCAGGAUGGAGGAAAAAAGAGUCCGUCUGUGUCUCAGUGACAAAUGUAAAAUCCAAUGCACAAAUCUCUUAAUAUAUCCGCGUACCGUACGGAUAAGAGCAAUCCAAGUGCAUUGGCUCAUUAUUACAGCAAAUCAUCGCUAUUGUAACAGUAAGUAAAGUAGCGGAAUAUCAGCUGCGUAAAAAAUUAGGUUCAAACAAUGAACAAGUAUAUUUGCAUAUUUCCUCAACGGGGUAAAUCUUGAAAAGGUAUAAUAGCAAGGGCAACAAUGAGGUUUACUGGUUGUACACAAGAAAAAAAAUGACAGAUAUAAAAAUUUGAGUUCGAUUUCCUUUUCACCUAAAAAUUUGGUAUACCGCGCUCUGCAUCUCUGUAAUUCCGCGUAAAUAUACUAUACACGAAACUGAACGCAACAUAUUUCGAGCAACAUCACCCAUUACAAUUGCUUCUGAACAUCCAGGUAUGCCUAUGGUGCAAUAGAAUUGUUUGCUCUCGUUCUAAGAGCGAAAAAAAUUAGGCUUCAGAGAGUUCAGGAAAGCUAUUUCACUGGUUGAGGAGAAUUCUGCCGUGUUACCAAACUACUUAUUCUUUUAGAUAUUCUUUCUAUGAUCCUAAAAUCGACAACCGCUACCAAACUGUUAAUGUGCGAACCACUUCGUUCGCAUAUUAUCGUGUAUUAUUCGAUGCAUGAGUGUGGGGUGGAAAGAAAUGAAAUGGAAAUCAGGAAUUGCCGUCUUAAUUGUUUUAAAAUAGUAUAUUAUUAAUUACGCAACAAAAACGACACAUAUUAAGGAUAAGGAUAAUAAACGUUAUUGUAGCAGAUGAGAUCAGAUGAGUGUGCUGAACAGAAGAAAUAAUUGCUAGCGUACAAUGGGUGCAGCUAUUUACACUCUGGCGAAGUCUUUGAACUCUUCUAGCCAGAUUCGUCUUUCUGUUAAGGCUAGACAGACACGGUUAAGCAAGGUGAGGUAUGUAGAGAGCUAAACUUCUUAUAGUGUAUACAUGAACUAUAAAUAUACAUAAAUGGAUAGAUAAUGUGCGUGUGAAGGCGUUUGCUCUAGUAAGCAAAUUUCAUUCGGACCAUUUAUCCAAAAAUACCUAUACGCCACUGUGUUUAAAUGUGAAACAUGUGGAUAAUUGUCUAUCUUUUCUUCCUUUGCUUUUGAAAAUGAACUAAAAUGUGAAAACUUUCGAGCAAUACAAUUGGCACACAACCGUAAGCAAGGAGUAGGAAGUGUUUACAGUGAAUCAUCAUAGGCAGAGAUAAUUUAGUUGCUGAUGGGUGCGACUUUAGUCUUGUGCUUUAUUAUGCGGCACAUACAUAAAAGUCUGUCUAAGUCUGUGAAUCACAAUUAUUUGUUGUUGGUUUUUGGUGCAUGUGGUUCGCCAGAAAAUCUGUGCACAAGUCCGAUUUGAAGUAUCGUGGGGAAUUUUCAAGCUAACCUACAUGGUAGCUAUCCAUUCAAAUACCGCACACGAUAAACCCCCAUUAUCUCAGUUAUCAAAACAUUGUCGAACCAUUGCAUGAACUCUAAUACCGCGUCUCAUAUAAACAUGUCGGUCCGAAUAUGUAGAUUGUACAUAGUUUUUUAACGCAUUGAAGAGUAAACACAAAACAAAAACACUAAAUUAGAAUUGAAAAGUAUCUGAAUGGAGAAAUUGACAGGAUUGCUGAUCGAUAAUUUAUUUAUAUAUAAUCUAGCAUACCCGAAAACAUCGCUCUACAAAUGUUGCAGCAGCAGCAUGAGCAUAAAUACAAUUGUAUAUAAUGCAUAAAUAGAUUGGGUACACCACAGGAUAUAAAAAAUAGCAUCAACAGAAAGCAAAAUGUUUUGACUUUGUUUCAUUCAAAAAUUUCAAAUAACCUACAAGAAGAUGGAAUUUAAAAUGAAGAUUUUAUCUAGGUACACACCAUCAGAGGGGCAUUCUGGUUUGGUCUGCUGGUUUGGUUUUUGGGUAUGAAAAUGGAUCGUAUUGCAUAGGACAUGAAUGCGAAUAAAUAGAGGAAUGUGCUGAUUUCAUUAAAUCAACAUCCUUUAAUAUCACGUUCUAAUGAAUUUUAUAGUUGAGAACUGAGCCAUGCAGUAUGCGUUAAAUGAACUGUGUAUCCUUAAUGGGCAAAAUAGGUCUUCGUUUCCUUCGAUUUGAUGGUAGACCAUCACAUACAAUGGGCAACAGCAUUAACUAUUCAAAAAAUAAGAUCGCAAAUAGACAAAAACAGAUGAUAGACUGUAAUACAAAUUAGGCAUGAUCUUUGCAGUGCACUGGAAACAUCAUGGGAUGAGGGUAAAUAUAGUUCUUUUUGGUGAUUGGUGUGUGGAUCCGUUAAAGAUGGUUCCGGAAUAGAGAAAACAAAGGAAAAGUAGAACCAGCGAUCACGAAGAAAACCACAAAAGUGCAAAAGCUUUUAGUUUGAUUCCGUGCGAACGACACAAUAAUAAGCACUAAAAGAUCAUGAUCAAAACGACUGGAACGAUGAUCGUAUACAAUACAUUUCAAAUGAUAAAACCCGAAUCUAUUGUCUCUCCGAUAGUGAGUACGGAAUGUCCUAAAAGUAUGAAAUGAAAUUGAAAUUGGAUAAAAAAAAUGGCUAAGGUCGCCCUCAUAGUGCCGUGUUAAGCAAGGUUGACUUAAAAAUCCACAUGUCAUGGGAUCGAACACAAUUUGGACCGACCAUCCCAGCGGAGCAAGGAUUGGCAUACGGCUGGGUAGCAUUAUAUAUAAUUAUAUAUAAAUAAAUAAGUUAGGACAGCCGUGACCGGACAGUCUUGGGUCGCUAUGCCACACACACAAGUAAAAGGAGAAGAAGAGGUAGAAUUGAGUAAUCAUGGGAUAUUCACUAAGUGAAUCACUCGGGAAAAAACUAGUAGGUUUGCACGUAUUACUUCAGAUCAAUGAGCAUAGGUACAAACCUAAUGUUUCCAAAGCAAAAACAUUGAAAUGUUGGCAGAUCCUGAUGCCAGUGUGAGCAUAACAAUCUUUUGGUAUAACAAAUGUAAAAAACAUAGCUAUUUCACUGAUCGUCGUACAGGCUAGGACACCGACUAGUAGCGUUUCAGUGCGGAAUACGACAUAAAUGGGAAUAGGCUUGCACCAUGGUAAACAUAGAAUAAUAGUAUCAUCUAAUUUAAGGUAAACUGAGGCGUAUCUCGACAUAAAUGCAGCAUGUAAAACGAAAGAUCUACAAUUCAGUAAAUCGAAGAGGAGCGAAGAUAAUGAAAAGGAAAGGAUCAUAGCAAGGGGUUUGUGAAUGCAUGGUUGAUAGUGUUUACGUGUGGACGAUGUAAAUGGAUGGUGAAGGUGGUAUGAUUGUGGGUAUAUGUGCGUGGGUGUGUGUAUAUUCAACAGGAUACUAGCAAUCCUGUGAAAAAGCGCAUUUCAGAGAAAAUUUGAGAGAGAAAUAAUCAUGAUUGUCGAGUGUAUGUGUGCGCGCGUGUGUGCAUGUAUGAAAGAGAGAUAGAGAGAGAAGUGAAACACGAUAGGAAAAUUGAAGAAAAUCCGAAAAACAACAUUGUCAGUAUUUGUUAUGUAAACAAUCAGAAGAAGACAAGAGUGAUCAUUAUGGGCAAAUUAUUAUUUUUACGUGUAUAUCUCCAUAUUAUUACGAAUGAUUAUUAUGACAAUUGUAAUAUAAAGAAAAAAAAAAGAAUAACAAAAAAUGUUAGUAAAUCAUGA